AGUAAUCUCCCCAUAUUAUUGAGUCGUCCCAACUGAGAAUGAUAAGACUCGCUCCACAGUGCUCCGGACCGGUGGCUCUGGCACGACUUCCUGAAAUCGUCGGCCAAUCUAAGCAGCUCGACAUCAGGAGCUAUUUCAUGUUGCUCCGCUGCGGACCGGGAUGCGGAUACUCAGAACUUUCAUGAGGCCGUAGAGGCUCUUCAAGUGUGAGCACUAAAGUCCUCUUGUCUUCUUGAACUGAGAAGGGUUGUUUUCCCAUCAACACACAUCACCCAGAACCACAACAAGUAAAUCAGACCAAACAACAGUCGCAUCUCAUGAUCUCUUCCAAGAUCGUCUUCUUCCUCGCCGCCGCCCUCGGCGCUGGCUCUGCCCUUGCUUCAGCUAUCCCCGUCCUCGAAAAGAGACAGCGUGCUCCUGGCGCCAGCAUCACCUACUACAAGGAUGAGAAUUUCCAGGGCGACAAGCAGUUCUUUGACAAAGACCGCAAGGAUAUGCAGUGUUACAACCUUCCCAGUGACUGGCAAAACACCAUCAGCUCUUACACCAACCACAAUCAGGUGGACUGGUGCUGUAGAUGGUGGACUGAGCUCGACUGUCCCGAGAAGUCGGAGCCCUUGAGCACCCAGACGGCCGACGCGCUGGGUGCCGGCAAGUGGAAUGAUGCAAUCAAGUCGUAUCGAUGCGAAGCCAACGCCGAAGACUUCUACUAUAACCCUCGUCCCGUGGCGGAGCGUGAUGCCGAACCUGCCCUGCCUGAGCUGGAGGUGAAGGCUCAGGACAACGAGGGCUAUGGCAGCGUCACCUUCUGCAAGGACCCCCUGUUCCAGGGUGAAUGUUCCAGUUUUGGUCCCACUGACAAGACUCUGCCUCUCGGCUCCUGUGUCAACUUUGCCGAUGAGUGGAAGGAUGCCAUUGAUUCGUUCAGAAACGAUGAUAACAGCACCUGCUGCUCCUGGUUCACUGGGCUCGACUGUGAUGACAACCGUUUCCAGGCCACAAUUGCCACCAACAUUACCGACACAUACUUCCACGACCGCAUCAAGGCAAUCACAUGCUGGGAUGUCGCGGAUACCGUGAGUUGCAUGCGUGAUGACUCGCCUGCCAAAUAGGCUACCGCGGCAUUGGAGAGAUUGAAGGGUGCACCCGGC